AUGGACUUAGUAACGACUGAUCGCUCAUAUCCCGGCGUUCUGGUGAUUACUAUCAAUCGCCCAGAAAGAAAGAAUGCCGUCGACCCUCCAACAGCCAAAGCACUCUAUGAAGCAAUCCGCGCCUUUGAAGAUGACCCAAGCCAGAAAGUGUGCGUCUUGACUGGUGCUGGCAGUACAUUCUGCGCAGGAGCCGAUCUUCACAGUGUUGCGCAGAACACAUCUGGCGAAAACCUGCAGCCUGUAGAAGGUCGCAAUUUGGGGCCUAUGGGUCCUUCCAGGCUGGUUAUGCAGAAGCCUGUUAUAUGCGCUAUUGCGGGAUAUGCCGUUGCAGGAGGGCUUGAAUUAAGUCUACUAGCAGAUCUACGUGUCGUUGAAGAAGAUGCAGUGCUCGGUGUGUUUUGUCGCCGCUGGGGUGUGCCUCUGAUCGACGGAGGGACGGUCCGUCUGCAGGCCAUUGUUGGUCUUGGUCGUGCGUUGGAUAUGAUCUUGACUGGUCGGCCUGUCGGUGCCCAGGAGGCUCUUGCGAUGGGACUGGCCAGUCGUGUGGUUCCGAAAGGGGAAUCAUCGAAGGUGGCUAUUGAAAUAGCACAGCAGCUCAUUGCAUUCCCCGAGCUUUGCCUCAAUACAGACCGGCGAUCGUGUUACUACAGUGCUUUCGAUGCUUCGUCUUUCCAGGAUGCCAUGUCGAAGGAGUUCAAGUCUGGGAGCAAAGUGAUUACGGCGGAAGCUAUUGCAGGUGCCGCCAAGUUCAGUAAAGGCUCAGGGCGACAUGGCAAUUUUAAGGAUUACAGCAAGCUGUAG